AUGGACAGCCUCUUUGACGUCCUUCCUGCAGGCCUGGUGACGGACAUGCGGGACUUGGUGAAUGGCGAGCGCGACUUUCUUGAUAGUUCGGAUGCAUUUUCCGUAGGCUUAAAGGUCAAAGCAGAAGGCCUAGGUGUCAACCACUCGGUCAUCAUGAUACCUGGUGUUAUCUCCACCGGCUUAGAAUCCUGGGGGACAGCCAAUGACUCUCGGCAGUAUUUCAGAAAAAGGCUCUGGGGCAGUUGGAGCAUGAUGCGCGCUCUUGUACUGGACAAAGAGAACUGGAAGAGGCACAUUAUGCUCGACAAAAAAACUGGUCUGGAUCCGGCAGGCUACAGAAUGCGUGCGGCACAGGGCUUUGAUGCCACGGACUUCUUCAUUACGGGAUACUGGAUUUGGAACAAGAUUUUUGAGAACCUUGCGUCUCUGGGUUACGACCCAACAAACUCGUUCACAGCAGCUUACGACUGGCGACUCUCAUACGCAAAUCUCGAAGUGAGAGACCAGUACUUCACACGACUAAAGAUGCACAUCGAAAUGGCUGCCGCCACGUCAGAUCGAAAGGUGGUUCUCGUGUCUCACAGCAUGGGUAGCCAAGUUCUCUUCUACUUUUUCCACUGGGUUGAAUCGCGUCUUGGGGGCCGAGGUGGUGACGACUGGGUUGAAAAGUAUGUGGACUCUUGGAUCAACGUGAGCGGUUGCAUGUUGGGUGCUGUGAAGGACCUGACUGCAGUGCUGUCCGGGGAGAUGCGUGACACUGCCCAGCUAAAUUCCUUUGCGGUCUAUGGCCUGGAAAAAUUUCUUAGCAAGGAGGAGCGAGCUGACAUCUUCCGUGCUAUGCCUGGCAUUUCUUCGAUGCUUCCGAUGGGCGGUGAUGCCCGCUGCUAA